UUAGUCUUGCAUUUUUGGAGAUGUUAAUCAAUCUUCAGGCACAGCAAGCAAAGCAAUGCACUAAAAAAAAGCUAUCUACACAAAUCUCUAAGGUGGCCUAUUUUGAAUUCACAGUGGCAAAAUUUCUUUGAUAGAUGAGGAGUUUGCAUCUUCAUGUGUUAAAUUCUAAAAUCCAGUAUAGCACGCUUCACCUGGGGUAUGCAUUCAGGCUUAUAUUUGUCCCUGUAAAAAUAAUCCUAUGCAGACAAUAGCACUGUUAGACUAAUUGAUGUCAUGCCCAUAAAUGGAUGGAGGUAUUAGUCUGACCCUUAGGUGUUUCACAGGAAAAAAAAAAACAUCCUGGUUGCAACAUCUUCAUUUUCUCACAAUUAUGGAGCCAAAGUAAUGAAUGUUUUUCCUAUAAUUAAAUUCUGGGUGUUUCAUUAUUGCAUAAACAGGAGAACAGCUGGGCAACUAAAUGCAGUCCAUCUCAAGGGAGGAUAUAUUGUUUUAAGACUGUCAUUUUAACACAUCUGUGUGCUUGUCUUCUUUGGGGAAACAUACACUUCAAACAAUAAACACAAAAAGGGCCACCUCAAAAAUUUCACAUAAAAAUAUCAGUAAACUUGUUGUGGUAAGUAUGUUAAAUCAACUGAAUAAUGUCCUAUGCGGCUUUGAACCACUGAAUUGCAUUAAUGUUGGUUCACCUCUACCUCCACUGCAAAUACCUGCUCACAGUCAAUGCUAACGUGCUGAUGUUUAUCAUGCUCACCACCUGAGUUUAGUCUGUUGGCAUGCUAACAUUGGCUAAUUAGCCCUGAACACAAAAUGGGACUGAAGCUGAUCAGAAUGUCAACAGUUCGGCAGCUGUUGACACUGUUCAGUAAAAGCCACAAAUGUGAACCUCAUGGUGGCGCUAGAGGAAAAGCCAAUAGAUCACUGGUUUUAGGCUGGACAAAAGUGGUGGACUGAUUAAGCUCUGGCAGUUUCCUAAAUGGAAUCAUUCCGGUGCACAGAGACAGGGGUAGCUUUAAUUACAGUCUUCACCCUUGAUUGACAACAUUACUGUAUGCCAGAGAAAUUACUUCACAUGUCACCUAUAAUGGAAAUGGCACAAAGGUUAAAUGAGGCCUAUUUAUGGGGUGAGGCACUUUAACCCCCUUUUGCCUGAUGCAGUUUCCGUCAGUCCACCAGCUGUGCUGUUAUCACAUGUGCUCUGAUCUGCUCACUGUACAGUGGUUCACAGUUAAAACAAUAUGGAAGUGCUGCAGCAGCUAACCCCUCCUCUCUCUUUCCUGCCUCAUUAGCAUGCUGCUCAGGGAUCUGCCCAUUCAUAAAAAGCCUGUCGUGGAGUGGGCCAGGCAUCUUUAGGGGACAAAACCUCUCCAAGGUCAGCAUUCACAGCAGCUGCAGGGAGGUACAAUGACAGAAAUCCCACGUGAGCACUUCUGUUUGCAGCUCUCGUGCACCCUAGACAGUUGUUUCGCCAUGGUGACCGGUCACCAGUCAAAGCCUUUCCUACAGACCCACACCAAGAGAGCGACUGGCCUCAAGGCUUUGGACAGCUGUCACAGGAGGGGAUGAAGCAGCACUUUGAACUGGGCAGCUUUCUGAGGAAUCGAUACAAAGGAUUCCUCAAUGAAUCCUAUGACAGACACGAGAUCUCAGUUCGCAGUACAGACUACGAUCGCACCCUGAUGAGCGCUGAAGCCAACCUCGCAGGUCUGUACCCCCCCACCGCUCAGCAGGUCUUCAGACCAGACUUGAAGUGGCAGCCGAUACCUGUGCACACGGUGCCGUUCAGCGAAGAGAGGCUUCUCUCUUUUCCUCAGGGUGACUGUCCCCGCUACAAACAGCUGAUGAACGCAACCGAACACACGGAGGAGUUUCUCAAUGUCACCACUAAAUACCAGGACAUUAUAGAGCUGGUGAGGAAUAAAACAGGACUGAACAACACUAAUGUGGAGUCAGUCUGGAGUGUGUAUGACACAUUGUUCUGUGAGUCUCGCCACAACAUGACAGCUCCCGACUGGGUGACUCCAGCUGUCAUGGAGAAGCUCAGAGUGCUCAAAGACUUCGGAUUUCAGGUCAUAUUUGGAGUCUACAAGCAGCAGGAAAAGAGCCGGCUGCAGGGAGGUAUUCUGUUGGGUGAAAUAGUGAAGAAUCUCACCAAGAUGGCCGUGCCAGACCCAAAACAGAGACUGAAACUGAUGAUGCUGUCAGCGCACGACACCACUGUAGCUGCCCUUCAGGCAAGCUUGAAUGUGUUCAAUGGAAGACAGCCGCCAUAUGCUUCUUGUCAUAUAAUCGAGCUGUACAGGGACGAGAACGGCUCUGCUUCCGUGUCGAUGUUUUACCGGAACGACAGCACAGUGAAGCCGUACGCUCAGCAGUUACCGGGAUGCUCCCUUGACUGCCCCCUAGAGGACUUUGUAAAAAUUACAAAGCUCUCCAUUUCAGAAGACCGGGACAAAGAGUGUCAGUUGCCAUCAAAACGGAGUGAUAAAGAAGUGAUCAUUUCUCUGGCGGUGUCCGGCUGUCUGCUCUUCCUCCUCAUCGCCCUCCUCCUCGGCUUUAUUUGUUGGCAUAAAGAGCCAGCCAGCAGCCAUGGAUACCGCCAUGUGAUCAAUCAGGAAGUCGCAGAGGAAUCCUGACAGCAGCGCCUGCUCCUCCCUCGGAGAUCUACAGACCUCACGUCUUGGGACAGCAGCGAUGACGAUGAACUUUAAAACUCCUGAGUGAUGGUUUCAUCAUCACACUCGGUUUGGGACUCACAAUGAUGAAAUGAUGAAAAACAUUUUUUCUCAAAAAUGAUUGUCUCCAUUGGUUGGGGGGGAUUUUUUUAACAAAAUUUAUUUCAUAAAUAUUUCAAGAUUUCGUAUUUUAAAGGAACUUUUUUCAUCAUCACCUGAAACUAAUAAGAGUAGCGAUGAGUGAGACAUUCUUGAAGGGACCAGGACUGAUUUCUUCAAAACACAGCAGGGAAAAUAUUUUUAACAGUUUAUCAGCUGGGAAAAAAAAAGAAAGGAAGAAACGCUGUGUUCUCACGUGGUCUGAUGUCCAGACAGCCAGAUAAGUUUCAACAAAUAUGACCCUGAUUUGUGCUUGAACAGAUUCUCUGUUUGUUGUUCAGUCUGAACGAGUGCAGAAAAGUUCAGAAAGUUCAGAAAGUUGAUACUGAAAUAGGUGACAUAGCUGUUAUAUUAAGUCAUGUAAUUAUGGACCGCAAAUGUGAUGGAAAAGGGUGAAUUCUUACUGUUGAAAACAACAUCCUUAUUUUUCUGUUUUUCUUUCCAUCUAGGCAGGUCUGAGUGUCCUUCAAAGCACAAGACCUGAUGACAAGAGAUGUUGACUGAGUUAAAACCAGUGUGCUUUUAUAUGUGUGUAACUGCAAAUUCACGCGUAUGUCACAUGUGAGUCUGUGUGUCUGUUUAUGUACACAGAUGAUGAUGUUGUUUCUGUGUGUGUGUUGAGUUUGAGGCCUAAUGACCAAGAUGCCUUAAAUAUUUUUAACGAUCUAACAUAAUGCAUAACCCUUUGUUUUGUUUUUAUUUUUCAAGUGGUGUGGUCCAAAUAGGUACGUUUGAUUCAUCAGCAGCAGGCAGGUGUUUUACCAGAGAGAGAGAGAGAGAGAGAGAGAGAGGGUUACGGCCUCACGGCAGCAAACAUCCAACCCCAAGUGUCCUUUAGUGAGACACACUUCCUCACAUCCUCUCUGCCCCUGUAAUCUGAAAAAUGUUCUCCUGUCUGUCAUUAUGGAGGAUAUUCCAAUUCCUUAAAUGCACCUUGAGGAGAGAGGAGGCACCCUGAAACACCAGCGUGGUUGUGGCUCAGCUAGGCCUGACCUUUGACCUCUUGGUAGAGGGAAAUCAAGCCUAAAACAUGGCGCAUUAUUGUGAAUAACUUGCAUGGAUUUUUGGAAACACUGGAAAUCUUUGCACUUGAUUGUUUUUUAAUUGUGCUGCCUUUUUAAAAAGUCAAAUUUGUACAAUUUGAAAAGUGAAAAGCCGUUUUGUCUUUGAACUAAUCAUCUUUUAAAUGCAGAGCAGAUUAAAAAAAUGCUUUUCCACAAGUGAUCAUGAGAAACCAUAAACAAUGGAUCUAAAGCUCUUGCAGUUUUAGGAAAAGAUAAGAUAAGAUAGCGUUUUUUGCAACAGGAUAUGAAAAGUUUUAAAAAUCUAAUAUAUUACAAAUAAAUUGAGCUCCUGGUGGAUCCAGUUUCUGCACCUGGUUAUUGGAACAUAUCAUGUGACCUUUCUUAAUUGUCAUUUCAAUUCUCUUUCAUGCUGUAUGAAACAAUCAAGCUGAGAGAACAUGUUGCUUGUAAAUGUUUGGUUUGAAAAAUAAAUGAUCAGUCGCUGUGA